UCCCAACAACUCCGAAAGCCUCCAUAAAAGGAAAGCGAGAAGAAGAGAUCGAUCGAUCGAUCCAGAGAGAGUGCGGGGGUUGUUUGGAUCACCAACCGGCGGCGGGGGAGAUGGCCGGCGGCGAGGGAAACGGAGACGAAGGGUGGCGGAGGAGUGGCAUCGAGGUGAGCGCCCUCCAGUUCGGCUACGACGGGCAGCCGCCGCUCUUCGCGCGCUUCAACCUCCGCAUCGCCCCCGGCUCCCGCUGCCUCCUCGUCGGCGCCAAUGGAUCAGGCAAGACCACACUCUUGAAGAUUCUUGCAGGAAAGCAUAUGGUUGGAGGAAGGGAUGUUGUCCGUGUUCUCAAUGGUUCAGCUUUUCAUGAUACACAGCUCGUGUGCAAUGGUGACCUUUCAUACUUGGGUGGUUCUUGGAGUCGGACUAUUGGUUCAGCUGGUGAUGUUCCACUGCAAGGUGACUUCUCUGCUGAGCACAUGAUUUUUGGAGUUGACGGGGUUGAUCCUGUUAGGCGAGAGAAGCUAAUUGAUCUGCUGGACAUUGAUCUGCAAUGGCGCAUGCAUAAAGUUUCAGAUGGACAGCGCCGCAGGGUACAAAUCUGCAUGGGUCUUCUUCAUCCAUACAAGGUGCUCCUACUUGAUGAAAUCACCGUUGAUCUGGAUGUUGUGACCAGAAUGGAUCUCCUUGACUUCUUUAAGGAAGAGUGUGAACAGAGAGAAGCCACCAUUGUGUACGCCACUCAUAUAUUCGAUGGACUGGAGACAUGGGCUACUGACGUUGCAUACAUCCAGGAAGGCGAAUUGAGAAAAUCUGCAAAAUACUCGGACAUUGAAGAGCUGAAGAGUGCCAAAAACUUGCUGUCAGUAGUUGAGUCCUGGCUCCGAUCUGAGACCAAACUCCCAAAGAAGGAACCUCCACGUUCUGAGACACAGCCCAGACGCUCCUCACCGUUGGAUGCUUCCCCUUUCCGUUCGUCGCGCCACAUGGCCUACUACCGUUGAUGAUCGUGCCCCUUUACACCUAGUUCUGUGCCAUUUAGUCGUAUAGUUGUGAAAUUUAUCGUCAUUUCUGCUUCACACCCUUGUAUACAGCAAUAAAUAAAUCUGUAGAAUAAAGUUAGCUUGCUCCUGUGUUGAUGAGCAACGGGUGCUCACCACGUUCGUUACUGUACUGCUUUCAGAUAAUCUUGUGCUACAAGAAUUCAGCCCCUGUCUGUCUAAGGAUGCUUGAUGUAUUCAGAAGUAAUGUGUAGCUGUUUUUUUUUUC